GAGCACGUCAGACUGCAUAAAGGGAAUACAUACAUCGGGAGAAACGUCGUAGCUAGAUAUUUGAAACUGUUCAAGACCUGUCGUAGUCGUCCCGAAACUCAAAAUGUACCGCUUGCGGGCGUUGUCGGCGGUAGCGUUGGGGCUGGUGCAGUUGUCACGUCGUUACCAUGGUGAGGCUGUGAGGGGCGGGGCCAGUAAGAGGAGACUGAUGCUAGCAGCUCUGGUGGGUGUGACCGGGGCCUCAGCCAGCGCUGGACUACUCUGGACCAGAGCCUACGCAGACGCCGGGCCUUCCGUCGAGCUCGACGAACAUCCCGAGGCAAAGGAGGCGGGGUUUGUGAAAGCGGCGGAGUCAGAGUCUGAGAGUUCGGUGGAGGCCAGCGACGGAGAGGAGGGCGAGGAGGGAGGAGCGGAUGGUAAGAAGAAGAAACCACGAUCGGGAUUCCGUGACCGCAAGGUGAUGGAGUAUGAGAAUAGGAUUAGAGCCUACUCCACUCCAGACAAGAUCUUCCGUUACUUCGCCACGCUGAAGAUCAUCAGUGAGCAUGGAGAUGCAGAGGUCUACAUGACUCCACAGGACUUUGUCCGCUCCAUCACCCCCAACGAGAAACAGCCAGAGAACCUGGGCCUGGAUCAGUUCCAGGUGAAGCGAUAUGAUGGAAAGAAGAUUUCCCAGGAGAGGGAGAAGUUUGCAGAUGAGGACAGUAUCUUCUUCACACUGGGAGAGUGUGGUCUCAUCUCCUUCUCUGAUUACAUCUUCCUCACUACCGUGCUCUCUACGCCACAGAGGAAUUUUGAGAUCGCCUUCAAGAUGUUUGACCUGAACGGAGACGGAGAGGUGGACCUGGAGGAGUUUGAACAGGUCCAGAGUAUCAUCAGGUCUCAGACCAGUAUGGGGAUGCGUCAUCGGGACCGCUCCACUACGGGUAACACCCUGAAGACUGGCGGCUGCAGCUCCGCUCUUACCACAUACUUCUUCGGCGCCGACCUGAAGGGCAAACUGACCAUCGGCCACUUCCUGGAGUUCCAGCGAGAGCUACAACAUGAUGUCCUUAAACUAGAGUUUAUGCGUAACGACCCAGUGGAUGGGUGCAUAACAGAGAGACAGUUUGGAGGCAUGCUGCUGUCCUACAGCGGAGUCCAGUCACGUAAACUCAAACAGAUGCAGAAGGGACUCAAGAAGAUGUUCAAAGAUGCUCAGGGCAUUACAUUUGAGGAGGUGGAGAAUUUCUUUACCUUCCUGAAGAAUGUGAAUGAUGUGGACACAGCUCUGAGUUUCUACCACAUGGCCGGAGCCUCCAUCGAUAAAGGUACGCCAACGACCGUCUGUUCCCACUCUCCCUCCUGUCUCUCUCAAGACCUUCCUCCCCCCUUCACCCAUAUUCCAUCCCUCCCUCCCUCUCUCAUCCCUCCCUGAUUGCUCCUGGCUCAACACCCAGC